AUGUUCGGGCGUGUGAAUGCGGCCAGCGCUCUGUGCGCCCUCGUUGCAUCGCGCGUCGCACUCAGCCAUGCAACGCCGCAGACUUCGGGACAGAAGCUGGAGCCGCUCCUCACGACCAUCAGCCGUACGCCGGAACUGUCGAAAUUCUACGCUCUAAUCGGCAGCACGGGUGACGAUGGGAGAAAGCCGGGCGCAGACCUCGAAGAGAGAUUCAAUCUGGAGGGAGCGUCUCGCAAUUUUACCAUCUUUGCGCCUACCAAUAAUGUACAUUCCUCUCCUGAAUCUCGUCUCCAGGGGUUGAAUGCUGACCAUACAAUAUUAUACCUAGGCAUUUGCUUCCCUUCCUCCGCAACUAGCGGUCAACCUGACCUCCGGUCUCAACUACCCUCUCCUGCUCGCUCUGAUCCGCUCGCACAUAGCCGAAAGCUAUAUCCCUCCCGGGAACCUCCUCUCUUCCCUUCCACAAAUCGAAUCAGUCCAAGGCUUCCCGCUGUCCAUCGACCACUCUGGACGCAUCGUAACCAACAAAGGCCUCACAACAACAACCUCCAAACCCAUCCCAUUCCAAGCCCAAAUCCUCAAAGACCAACAUGGAACUCCCUCGUCCAUCCCCGCUUCCAACGGCAUCAUCUACAAAAUCGACGGAAUCCUAGACCCCUGGAUCACGUAUUUCGGACAAGACAUCCCCUCGGGUCCCACGAUCAACGUCCAGAGACGCGAGGGGACCAUGUCCGAUUUCCUCCUCAGCAAUCCGAACCUGACCCGUCUCACUGCGGCUCUGGAAAGGGUGGAUCCGGAUUUCCUCCAUAAUCGGCUGUCCUUGGCUCCCGAUGGGCAGGCAACGACGUAUUUCGCGCCUUCGAAUCGCGCUUUUGAGAUCCUACCCCCGGGUGCGAUGGACAAGGCGCUGGAGUCGGGGAACGCGGCGUUGACGGCGUAUCUCUUGGGUUUUGGGUUAUGUAAAGGCGGCGGUGGGGGGGUUCGGGUGUUUGAGAGUGAGCGGAGCGGGUUCGAGGUUGUGAUGGAACCGCAAGGGCGGGAGGUGGGGAAUGGGAGGGUGGAGGAGAGAAUUUGUCCCGGGAAUGGGUGUGUGGUUGUUGUUGGAAGGUGGUUGGAUCCUUUGUAUGGAGUUUUGUAA